AUGUUCCGAGCAGCGGCUCCUGGGCCUUACGAUGAGGUCGUCGCCAAGGCGACAGACGAGAACCUGACCUCGGAGGAUUGGGGCGCGAUCAUGGAGGUUUGCGACCGUGUGGCCAGCGACCCGAAUGGACCCAAAGAGACGGUGCAGGCCAUGAUCAAGCGGCUUGCGCACCGCAAUGCCAACGUGCAACUAUACACACUAGAGCUCGGAAACGCCCUCAGCCAAAACUGCGGCAAGAACAUGCAUAGAGAGUUGUCCUCGCGAGCCUUUACAGACGCCCUGCUCAAGCUCGCCAACGACCGCAACACCCACACUCAGGUUAAAGCCAAGAUCCUGGAAAGGAUGAAGGACUGGUCCGAUAUGUUUAGCAAGGACGCCGACCUGGGCAUCAUGUACGACGCGUAUUACCGGCUCAAACAGAGCAACCCGCAACUACAGCCGCCCUCGGCACCUCAGAAGAACAGCCUGACGGAGGUGGACCGGCAGAAGGAGGAGGAGGAGCUGCAGAUGGCGCUGAAGCUGUCGCUGCAGGAUGAGGAGCGCAAGAAGAAGGCGGCCGAGACCAAGUCGUCCGGCGCCGGGUCAUCUUCUGGUGCUGCCGGUGCCUCGGGGUCGGCGGAGGAGCCACAGCCUCUGCAGCCUGUGCCUUCGGGUACUACGGCUGCCACUGUGUCGAGGGUUCGGGCGCUGUACGACUUUGUGCCCUCGGAACCCGGCGAGCUGGAGUUCAAGAAGGGAGACGUGAUCGCGGUGCUCGAGUCAGUGUACAAGGAUUGGUGGAGGGGCUCGCUCAAGGGCAAGACGGGGAUCUUCCCUCUGAACUAUGUCGAGAAGCUGACGGACCCCACGCCGGACGAGCUGCAGCGCGAGGCGCAGAUGGAGGCUGAGGUCUUUGCCGAGAUCAAGAACGUCGAGAAGCUGCUGACGCUGCUGAGCACGUCCAACACGGCACCCCGGGAGGAGGACAACGAGGAGAUCUCCAAGCUCUACCACCAGACGCUGGCUAUUCGACCGAAGCUGAUCAAACUGAUUGAGAAGUACUCGCAGAAGAAGGACGACUUCACGCAGCUCAACGAGAAGUUUAUCAAGGCUAGGAGGGACUACGAGGCACUGCUGGAGUCGUCCAUGUCGCACCCACCGCAACCGAAUUACCAGCAAUAUGCUAUGAGGCCGCACCCAGGGGUACCUGCCGGAUAUCCCGCGCCCGCAGGGCCGGGUUAUCCUGGCCAGGCGCCACCGCCUCAACAGCAGGCAGACCCAAGAUACUAUGGCACUCCGGCCCCUCAGCAAGACCAACAACCUCAGUAUCCUCCCGCUACGUCUCCGUCCCCUAACUUCCAUCGUCCCGGCGCCACGCCCGCUCCUGCUCCCUUCUACAUGGCCGGCGCGGAGGUGCCCGCUGCCCACGGGGCACCCCCUGGGCCCGCCCAACAGCAAUACCCACCUCGUGACCAGGGGCAAAGAGUGCCGUCGGCAGGGAAGCCGCACCAGCCCGCGCCGAUCCAGACCUCGUCGCCGCCGCCGCCACAGCACAACGCCUACGCCCCUUACUCCCACGCGGUGCCGCCGCAGGGCGCGCACAACCCCGCCGGCAACCCGCAGGAGCUGUCGACCUCGGUGUACGACUCACCCGUCGCGACGCACAACCCCAACUCGGCCGCCACGUACUCGUCGUCAGUCUACUCUCCCGACGAAGGCCCCAGCCGGCAGUCCAGCUACGGCGGGCCCGGCGGUCCGUCCGCCCCGCCGCCGCCGCAACAGGCGUACCAGACGUACGGCGGGUACCCUCCACAACAGCAGCAGCAGCAGCAGCAGCAGAACCCGUACUACAACGACGGAGCGUCUGACGUGGGCGGCCCGCCGCCGCCGCAGCCGACGGUCCAGGCGCCGCCUGUGCCGGUGCCGCAGCAGCAGCAGCACCAGCAGCCCUCCCGGCCCGAGACCGUCAUGACGCCGCCGCCGCUGCAGCCGAGCGGGCCUGCGUACGACGCCCGGCAGACGCUGCCGAGCCGCGUCGGUCCGGGUCCGAGCGCGCCGCUCGUCGGGGGGGCAGAGCCGCAGUACAAGGCGUAUGUGCCGCCUCAGGACGGUGGGGCGCCGAGCGCGCCGGGCGGGGGGCCGGGGGAUUACUACCGGCAGCAGCAGCAGGCUGGGGGUGUAAGUUAUUGA